AUGCUAGAAACUAUCAUGGAAAGAACGAAUCCUGUCGCAACGGUCUACGAGCAUGAGAAAGACAUGCAGCUGAGCGUUCAGCUGAACCGUUGGAUACUACAGCCGAUCGGUGUCUGGCCGAAAUUAACUGAGAUUUCACAUAUGGAGAAAUACGCGUACGGGCUGAUAAACAUAAUUUGCACCAGCCUGAUCGGCUUCCUCUUCGUGCCUUCUGCCAUCUUCAUGGCACUCGAAAUGGAUAACACGUACCACAUCCUAAAACUUUCCGGUCCGCUGAGUUUUUGCCUAAUGGCCGUUGUCAAGUACUCCUCGCUGAUCUUCCGCGAGAACGAUAUUCGCACGGGUAUCAAGCAUAUCGAGAGCGACUGGAUGAACACCCAGCAUCACGGCGAUCGGGUCAUCAUGAUCAGGAGCGCGAAGUUCGGCCGACGUCUCGUGGCCAUCUGCGCGUUCUUCAUGUACGGCGGUGCCGUGUUCUAUUAUCUCGCUCUGCCUUUCAGUAAGGGCAAGAUCACGGAGAGCGAUGGUAACCUGACGUAUCGGCCACUGGUGUAUCCAGUCGCCCGGGUGAUUGUCGACGCGCGACACAGUCCCAUCGCUGAGAUUCUCUUCUGGAUCCAAUGCUUGUCGGGUUUCAUAGCACACUCCAUCACUGCCGGUGCCUGCAGUUUGGCCGCCGUGUUCGCGAUGCACGCUUACGGCCGCCUAGAGGUUUUAAUGCAAUGGAUUGAACACCUAGUAGACGGUCGGGAAGACUUCUGCGAUAACGUGGACGAGAGAUUGGCAAUGAUCGUGCAGCAGCACGUUCGAAUUUUACGUUUUAUAUCGCUAACGGACAAAGUACUGCGUGAAAUAUCUGUCGUGGAAAUUGUAGGAUGUACGUUAAACAUGUGUUUUCUUGGAUAUUAUACUCUCAUGGAAUGGGAGAGUAAAGAGACUACAAGUUAUAUAACGUAUAUCGUUCUUCUUAUAUCUCUUACGUUCAAUAUUUUUAUAUUUUGUUACAUCGGCGAACUUGUUGCCGAAAAGUGCAAGAAGGUCGGCGAAGUAUCGUACAUGAUCGAUUGGCAUCUUCUAUCGGGAAAGAAGGGUCUCGCUCUCGUAUUGAUGAUCGCGAUGUCCAAUUCGUCAGUCAAACUUACAGCCGGAAAUCUCUUUGAAUUGUCCCUCAGUACUUUCGGCGACGUGGUUAAAACAUCUGUCGCUUACUUGAACAUGCUGCGUACGUUAACUACAUGAAACUUGUUCGAAAUGUCAAAAUUAU